AUGGAGAGGAUGAUUAUUUUCUGUAUGCUCUUCUUCUGUUCCAGUAUGGUGCUGACUGCAGCUCCACCAAAAGCAAUGAAAUACAAACAGCUUGCAAAGACAAUUGACCAUCUAAAAGAUGUAGUGAAAGAUAAGGAUGUUGAAUUGCUGCAUACACCAGAAAACCCUGAGGAUGGAUGCCUGUUCACAGCUAUGACCUGCUUCCAGGAUGGCAUACUGAAAUUACAGCCAAAAAACAGCCAAGUAAAUGUUACAUUCACCAAAACUGUGAAGAUCUUGAGAAGACCCAUUUUGCCAGACUCUGGAGAGCAUUGUGAGUCUUCAUGUCAGUCUUACGAGAGAAAAAAGCCCCAAGAGUUUCUGAACAGCUUUUCAAAACUGAUGCAAAAGGUAAUCAAUUAGAUUUGGAUCCUCCUGUCUGGUUUCUGACAUUCUGUAAAUAAGCACUGAUACCUGUAUUUUCUGUUAUUCCUAACACUGCAUUUUUUUCACAGUUAUUCAAGAACUGUGGAUACACCAGAGCUGAAGGCUACUGAAAAUCUACUAUUUAAAGCAGACACUAUCUUAUUUAAGACUGUGAAAAAUGUAAAUAUUUCUCAUUGCUACUUUGCUGUGCUGUGUGUGUGGUAAGUGAAAGCUUCUCCCCAGAAUAUAAAGGAGGCUUAUUUGGAUGGCUAAGCAUAAGAAUGAUGCUGAUUUGAAAGUAAUCCUAGCCUCAACUCACAGUGAAAUUCCAACCAGUGAAAUUCCAUGAUUUCAGAAAACAAGGCUCACUUGUGGGACUUUACUGUCACUUUACACUGAACUAGAAAUGCAUGAGGUGGCUGCUAGUCUUUUUUUGCAUUCAUCUCAAAUGAAUCUCAUACAUAAGUGACUGAAACAUUUUAAAGAAGACAGACAAAAAGUUACCAGUAUGUUUGAAGACUCAGGUUUCUACUUGGACUGAUUUCCUUAUCUUCAACAAUAAUACCACACACACAAUUUUAUUUAUAAGUUUUUAGAUUGUAUCUUAGCUGACUAUGAAAAAAAAUAUCCUGCAUGUAACUAUCACAGAAAGAGUGGAAAAACAUUUACAAAUCUUACUGUAUGGUAUGGAUCUGACAUACUUCCAUGUUGAACUUAACCAGGCAUUUGCCCUGGUUUCAACGGGGAAAGGGCUAACUCAAAUGCUUGAAGUGGAGAUGUAGAAUUCUUGUAGAAUUCUCUGGGGAAAAAACUUCUCUCAGGACUCAGAAUUCCACCUCGACUCCUUCAAGCUAACAUAAAUUCAUGGUUGAUAUGACAGGCCACUGCAAGAGAUCCAGCAAAUGCAGUAACUGAUGAUUAUUCAGAGUGAAGCUUCUCAAAAGCGUAUUUCCUUCCUCAGAAUAUUUUACUCUUAUAUCCAUGUACCAUAACACUAUUUCUUCUGUUCACUCUUGAUUCACCAGAAUGCUUUAAAUAGCAAUUUUUUCUUUAAAACCUGUCAAGUUUUUGUGGAAACUUCACUGUACAGCUUCUGCACCUUGUACAUUUCUGUGAAACUUUGGCCAGAGACAGCGCUGGCUUUUUAUUUUUAUUUUUCAAUAAAAGUAAGUAUCACAUCACUUAGAACUAAUUUUUAGCAACUGAAUUAUGUACAACAAUAUUCUGCUUGCUGUGACUCUGUACCUCAAGACUUCCAUCUGUGAAGCAGCAGUUAAUUUACCCUCCAAAGAGAUAUUAGAACCACAAAACGCUGCUCUUGGAAGGGAGUGUAAAGACCGCCAGUAAAAAUUAACCUUCCAUCUGACUUUCUCUUUACUUAGUAGAAAUACAGUAUAAAAAGGAAACUGGAAUGGAAAAUGAUAAGCUUAGUUAUCUCCAGAAAUAUUGAGAGGCACUAUUAAAAACAUUUCCUUUCUUACAAUUGUCGGCCUACAGAAAAACUAACAGAAAAAGCUUUUUUUUUUUUUUUGCCUCCACAUUUUUACUGUCCUGAAAUGUGAACUUCUUCAAAACAUACCUAUGUUAAGAGGAGGAAGGAAGAUCCUCAGGGCAACAGUGAACAAAGUUUCCACAGUCAGUUCUUUUUUGCUUUCCAUCUCCUUAUUUCUGGCUGAUGACAAUUUUGCUUCAGAUUGUCUUUCUUUUAUCUUUUCCUUUUAUUUGUUUGAAAAACUUUUUCCUCCGAGUAAUGUUCCGCUAUAUCUCAGUGUUUCUGCAUUUCUGAAUGAAAAUUAACAUUCUAAAAAUGAACUGCCCCUUGUAUGUAUGGGGAAAGAGCUUCCUUUUUUACAAAAUAUAAGGUAGGCAUUUUUUUACUCAUAAAUCUCUUUUCCAGUAAUUCAGUAUGUGCAUUCAAAUCAGUUUUUUACAAAACCCGGUUACAAUUACGUAGCAGAGGUGAAAUGUGAUUAGCAUGCUUUAAGAGAACACUGCACAUUAUAUAUUUACUAGUAGUCAUUAUAAAAGAUUGAAAAGCAGCUUUUAACUGCUUUAACUUCUUUUUUCUUUUUUUUUAACUUAAGAUGGAUCUCUUAAGAGAAAAAUUGCCAUUUCCUUAACAGAAUAUCAUAAGCUAACUGGUUAUUCCUGCCUACACUGAAACAGUUGAUUUUUUUUGAUUGUUUGUUCAUUUUUGCACGCAAGGCAGCAUGUAACAAACUAAGUAAUGUAGCUAUUUCUGUUUAGUGACUUGCCCCACUGUUUUCAAUUGAUGGAUCACAUCACAACAAGUGCAGUGGCUAAAGAUUGGUCGGUAGGUUUUCUGAAUCUCAAUAUACUCGUUUGUAAAGUAAGACCAUUUCUUAUAUCUGCAGAAUAACUUUAGUCAAAAUGCUGAAGCCAUGAUCUAAACAAACAAACAAACCAGCAAGAAGCUGUAACAAAUCUAGAUCUUAAAGGGCUAAUUGUCCUUAAGUCCUGGAGAAAACUGUAUUAAGCGGAUAAUCCAGUUCAGACAUAUGGGAAAAAUUAAUCACAACAUUAUCACAGUUGCUCUUAGUUGAUGCCACUCCUCUGGGCAGUGCCAGCACAGUCACUCUGGAACUCUGUGUACAUUUGAAAUACACUUAAGACUCACACGAUGCUGAGGCCUCCUAUUAAGUUUUCAAUUUGUGACAGCUAUGAAAGAUUGAGUGUGUUAUUCAAGGAUGUACUAUUUUAAUCCCAAAUGAAGAACAAGAAAACAGCGAAGGACAGAUCAGUCUUCAAGAGGACAUCACCUUGUUCUUCAACACUAUUCUCAGGAGAAUAAUAUGACAGUGGCCCAACUCUUAUGUUGGGAGGACUAGUUACCACAAUUCCAGACAUGAAGCAAUCUUGAUGUGUUUUUAUUUGUAAGGUGAACUCUCUUUGUGCUGACUGCAUUGUUAGAAGAAGAAUGUUUCUUUAGCUGAGUACAUAGGGUAAGCCAUAAAAGCUCAUUACCUCCCAGGGAGGUUUAACAAUAUAUUUAUGAUUUUGGUCAUGAGUGUCCAUUGUGGGCACUUCAAUAUGUGUCUUAGCAUGGUAUAUACAGUUUUGUAUAAUAUUUACUUUUCUUGAGAGGUUUCUGUAUUAUUAUACCAAUUGUCUCAUUUAAUUUAAUUAUUUAUUGUAUUUUGUGAACUGAAUGUUUAUACUGAGAAACUCAUGGUUUGAUUUAUUUAUACACCUAUGAUAUUAAAUAAUUUUAGCUAAUACAAUUUUCACUUGUUCUUUUCUUAAAAAGCUUCCAGCCAUUUCAAUCCUUACUGUGGUUUAUAAGAUUCCUCAUGUGAACUUUAUUAGCCCACACUAUCACAGAUGCUGCCAGAUCAGACCAAAGAUAUGGUAUACAAAGUAUAUUAUCCCUCUGUACACAGUGACUACAGGGUGAUCCACAAGACAAUCAUGUGAAGUCUCCAUCACUACAUUACACCUUCCAAGGGAGCACAGUGUUCAACACACAGCUGUUUGCAUAUGCCAUAAAGCUUAGAUUCAUUGACUACCAUGAAGUUCAGAUUGCACACGUACUGCUGAGAGAAUCCUUUUGGGCUGCUCUCUGGCCUCUUGCCCCUUGGUCUGUACAGACAUCCAGGGUCGCCCUGUUCCCAAGUGCAGAAUCCAGCACUAAUUCUUUUUAAACUUCACAAGGUUGGCGACUGACAGAAAUCUUGUGAUAAUAUCAGCCAGUUCUUUGAGUACCAUGGGUUGAAUCCCAUUGGGCAUUCAGCUGAAGCAGAAAAUCCUGUGCAAGUUCAGAGUUGGCUGGAGUUUAUCACUCCCACAGUGACUCUUGAGUCCUAGAGCCCUAGCCCAAAAAGGCAUUAAACACCUUUGCUUUAUCUACACUCCUAUCUGUGAAGUGAUCAAUCUCAUCAAGUAAUGGUCCAGUGUAAUCUCUGGUCCUCCUUUUCCUCUUAACAUACUUCAAACAUUUAUUUGCUUUUAAAGCUUAGGAAAAUUGAAAAAUAUAAAAGUAAUGUCUCCUAUUUAUUUUCAUGGAAACUACAGCAGAUGCAAAGAGCACAAUAGCACUAUUUGAUAGAGCAAAUUCUCAGCUACAAAACAUUGUUUUUCAACAUAGCUAUUAGCUAUGGGUUUUUUUUGCCCACUAUGAACAAGAAUCUGUGUGCCACUCAUAAAAAUCUUCUUGGCUGUCAGGAAUGUGGCAUGUCUUUCAUGUCACUGUAAUCACUGCUGGAAAGCACCACUCACAGCCUCACUGUGCUCACAUUCGCUGGUUGGACUCCAUCAACGUUAAACAAGAAUCAAUGAACAUCAAUUUGUGCAAUCUUUUUUCACAUGGAGGAAUUCAUUUCCACAGCUUUGCUUCACAUGCACUUUUCCAUGUCAGACAUCACUGUCAGACUGCCCCUCUGCUGCUAUCUGGCACAUGACAACAAAUUGUAAGAGAAUAUUGGUGGGAAGAUUCAACCUCUACUGCCACGCCACCACCAUCUGCCUCUGACAUCAUGGGCUAACAUCAUCAAAUAGGAGGCAUUACUUUCAGAGCAGCACUCAUGAAUACAUAGAUUAAAGAUGCUAAUCUACGAUUCCAGAAAUAUUAUUAGUAGCUGAUGAAAUAGCAUCUCUGCUGCAUUCAGACUAUACUGUGUAAAUAAAAACCUUGACACUGCACUGUGACAAGCAAAUAGACCCAGAAGUCCUGUGGUCGGGCUACUUUAUCUUCCUAAGAAUCUUGUUCAUUUGUGGUCUCUGAACUCAAAUUAUAGUGCUCUGGUCAUAACACAACAUGAAACAGAUUUCACAGCUUUAACAUAAGGCUUUAGGCUUCCAGUAUGUUUAGAACUAUUUGCUAGAGCAGAGGAUACACUUUAUGGGCAUCUGCUCUGCAGUGGAAAACAACAGAGCCUCUAAAACCAGAGGACUGUGCCUACACUAGAGUAACUCAACUAUUUAACCCCACUGAGAAGUUUAGGCACCAUUUUUCCCACAUCAACCAAGACAUUUGGGCAUAGAUGCUGCUGCGUACAUGUAUCACAAAUCUUUUUCAGAUUUAGAACAUCUCAAAAAUGUUUGAUUGUUCUGUAUAGAUAUGCUGUAUUCUUUCUCAGUUGUUUACAUCUUCAUGGAUGCAUUUUCCCAGCAGCUGUGGGUUGUACACUGCUCUUGCUUUUCACUUUUACUGAUGAUCCAUGUUGUAAAAGAUGCAAAGCUGAGAGUGAACAUUUCCUACUCGAACAUCCUUCUCCAAGCUAAUGAUCCGAACUGCUGUACUGCCACCUGUUGAUAACUGUGACAAAAUGUUUUGCUAUACACUGGAAGUACUUAUUUUCUUCUCAUUUAAUUUUCCACUUUUCUGCUUACACAUCUGAAGACUUGCCAGUAUCUUUUUCUUGUCGAAUUGCAUUACCACUGUAAGACCAUGAAGCAUAUGUUUAAAAAACCCAGAGUGAAGACAACAAAAAAAAUUACUUCAAAAGCAGUUCCUAUUUUCUAGAUUUCAGAGAUGUUAAAAAACACCAAAUAUGAGGCUUUGGUCAACUCAUACAGGAUAAUCUGUUUUUUUCUUAUGGAAGUUUUGUUUCUGAAGCUUGCAUGUUUCCAGCAUAUCUGUUGUGUAAUUCUUGAACAACUUGCAACGACAACUUACAUAGGAUGAAAGGCUUACAAGGGUAGAUAAAAAUUCUGAAGGAAUGAGAGGAUGAAUACUGAUGGCAAGGGAAUACGAAGUCACUCAGAAAACUGAAAGAUGAAACUUGAGAUAAAUAACCUGAAACCACACACAAUACUGCCAACAUACAAAUGUUUUGUGGCUAGAUUAAGGUCUAUAUUCCUUUGGAUAAGAGCAUCUUCAAAGGGUUUACUACAUUUUAGCUUGUGUACAUGCAUUUCACAUCAUCAGCUGGUUUCUUUUUCUAAUGAAAUUGAAUUAAAUCAAGUCCGGCUGAAAGAUAAACACUUGGCGUUUGUCCUGAUGCUGACUUGCAUACUCAAGAAGUAAAGAAUUCAGCAGUGAAGCAGAUAGGACUGCAGCUAUGUGUAAUCCAGUUGGUCCUUGGACAGUAACAUUCCCAGGUUUGUGAGAGACAAUAACCUAUAAUGAAUAUCUUCAAAACUUUUUAUGGAGCAAAGCUGAUUACAACAUAUAUUUAUAUGAUGUAGAAAGAGAAUACAGAUUAAGUUCUCAAAACUCACUGCUGAUACCAAUUUGCCAACAGAUUAACAGUCAACAAAGAUAAUUUACAACAACUUCCUCUCCUUAUCAUCUGUACACCAAGCUUGAAACUAUCCUCAUAAUUUGGAACUUAAUA